AUGCAGCAACUAGCGGGCUGCACAGCAAGUCUCGACAGUAGCCUGGUGCAGGAGCUUUUCCUUGAAAGACUGCCCGCAACCGUGCGGAUAGGCGUCACGGCCUCCGGAGAGACGGACGUUUCCAAGAUCGCCGAAAUGGCUGACCGACUCAUGGCCGUCACCACGCCAGCAGUUGCCACAGUGCUCGCCGAAGCCUCGCCCUCCCCCGCCUUGCUGGAGAUUCGUGAGGAAAUUUCCCGCCUCGCCGACGCCGUCGCGGCACUACAGUCAAGCGGAAGCCAAAGCACACGGCGGCGUGCUACAGAACAACAGCGGCAGCUGUGCUGGUACCACCGUAAGUUCGGUGAUACUGCACGGAAUUGCGUGCCGCCGUGGGAGAAAUCGGGAAACGCGCCGAGCCAGCACUGA